AUGUUCUACAUCACCCUCCUUCUCAACUCCUUGGUUUUCUUCAUCACCUUCUCUUCCUCCUAUUUCCUUCUACUUAGUAACUACUACGUCAACCUACCACCACAUCCAUUCCGCUACCCACACACCCGCAUCACCAUCAACCGAUAUUACCAUCAACACCAUAUACACAAGAAAAAAUAUUAUUUCACUCUUUUUUUUUUCUUUUCUUUUUUUUUUUUGGUCUGUCUUUUUUACUUUCUGGGUUUUUCCUUUUUCUUUCUUUUUUUAGUCUUCUUUCUUUUAUUAAUUUUCUUUUAUGCUUUUUCUAGACUUUUUCCAUUUUUUUUAAAGUUAAUUUCUUUUUUCUUUUCUGUCAUUAAUUUUCCUUCACACCUUCUUUUUUUUUUUUUUUGCCUUCUUUUUAUUUUCUUUUUAUUUUGUUGCCUGUUUUCUCAUUUUCUUACUUUUAUAUCUUCUCUUUUUUCAUUUAUAUUUCUUCUUACUUUCCUUCAGUCUGGAAGAUAUUUUUAUAUUUUAUUUAUUUUUUAG